UAUAUACACUGAUAUGGGCAAUGACCGAACUGGUGAGAAACCCUCGAGUGAUGAAGAAAGUUCAAGCCGAAAUCAGAAACCAGAUCGGUGAAAAUGCAAGGGUGAGGUUUGAAGACAUCGAUGGACUCAAAUACUUGAACAUGGUGAUCAAAGAAACAUGGAGGCUUCAUCCUCAAUCUCCUCUUCUGAUCCCAAGAGAAGUAAUGUCAGAGUUUCAGAUCAACGGUUACACCAUUUACCCCAAGACACGUCUCCAGGUGAACCUAUGGGGAAUGGGUCGUGAUCCAAAUGUCUGGAAAGAUCCAGAAGAGUUUCUCCCCGAAAGGUUCAUGGAUGGUUCCAUCGAUGCAAAGGGACAAAGCUUUGAGCUGUUGCCUUUCGGCAGUGGGCGGAGAAUAUGUCCAGGGAUCCUUAUGGGGAGUGUAAUGGUGGAGACUGCACUUGCAAAUCUUCGGUACCAUUUCGACUGGAAACUACCAGAUGGGAUGGCGGUACAAGACAUCGACAUAGAAGAAGCUCCUGGACUCACCCGUUUACGAGAGAACACCGCUUGAACUUGUUCCUGUUAGAUUUUGAUCUACAAUAAGGUGUUCAGAAGAAGAAAAAUAAGUGGAUUAAGGUUGCAAUGAACAAUAAAAUAUCAGUUCUAAUUUAUCCUAACUCCUAAGUCGGUUUGGACAACCAUUCUACCUUCUUCCUCUUGCUUCUGUUCCUUACACUUCUCUCCUUAAUCUCUGGACAAAAAAAGGGUUUAAAAACUCGAAAUAUAACCUUCCUCCAAUCCCUCGAAGCUUCGGAUCAUCAGAAAUUUGCAACAGAUUGAGGAAUUUCCUCAUAGAUGCCUUUACGAGCUCCCCAUGAUUGUGUAAAGACAACGAAUCAUGGAGAAAAUAUACGAAUCCGCUUUGAAACAAUCUCCGGUGGAUUUGAGCGAAACCCUUUUCUCCUUUGUUGGUACAAAUAUAUUACUCAUACUGAUCUCGUGGCAAUAAAGUUUUAAACUCUUUUUCA